UGGUGAAGAGAAGCAGCUGCAGCAGGUGAAGACCAUUCGUUCGCAGCUGCAAGGGCAGUGUGGGAGCCGGAAUUCGAUUGUUGUUCUCGUCGGAUCUCCUCAGUGCGUAGUUGAGACCGAGCGGCGUCAAACGAUGGCAUGGAUUGUUGAAUAAAAGAGGCAACGGUAUUAUACUCCUCCGGAAGUCCAUUCACAAGUUGUAUUACCAAACGUUUAUCAUUCAUGGAAAAAUCAAGGUCACUCAAUCGAUUUGCAAGUGCCUUUAGCUUAUCACAGUAAUCAUCAACAUCAUUGCAAUCAAUGAUUUACAAACUUACUCUCAAGGGUUGCGGCACGACUAGCUUUGUUGUCUUGGAAAAGACGUUGAAGAUGAUCCCAAAUCUCUUUCGCUGUGUUUCCGGAUUUGAGAACAGUAAGCAUCAAAUCUUUGGCCAUGGUGGAGAACAUCCAUUGGCGGCAGAGAGCAUCUAGUUGAAGAACGGUAGAGGCGUCUAGAUCCGACGGCGGGACUGAUGCAUCUAUGAGAAACAUUAGGUUGUGUGCUUGAAGAUGGAGUUUAAACAAGAAAACCCAUGAAGAAUACUCAUCUUGUUUGAUGUCUAAAGAUAUGGGUAUGAGAUUUUUGAUGUUGGUGACGGUAAAGGCCGGAUGUAAGGUUUUUUUAUCACCCGCCAUUGAAGUUGUUAGAGAAGAAGAAGAAGAUGGAUCAAUUUUUGGCUAUUGAUACCAUGUUGGAAAUAUUUUUCCCAUAAACUUUAUUAUAUAUGUUUUACAUAGUUUCCCAAAAUACGGUGACCCAAAUAUAUGGUCUAUUACUGGAAUUGAACCAAAUUCAUAUACAUUCCCAUUCCUUUUAAAAUCUUGUAAUGGUGGUGGUCAGUUUCAGGAAGGUAAACAGAUUCAUUCACAUGUUUUCAAGAUGGGUUUGGAAACUGAUUUGUUUAUACAUACUUCACUUAUUAAUAUGUAUGCAAGAAAUGGUGAAUUAGUCGAUGCUCGGUUAGUGUUUGAUAAAAGUUGUCAUAGAGAUGUUGUUUCAUUUACAGCUAUGAUCACCGGAUAUGCUUGUGGGGGUUACUUGGAUGAUGCGUGGAGACUUUUCGAUGAGAUUCCUGUAAGAGAUGUUGUGUCGUGGAAUGCUAUUUUUGCCGCUUAUGUUCAAAGUGGGCAAUUCGAAGAAGCAUUGAGCUUUUUCAAAGAUAUGUUGAAAGGGAAAGUGAAACCGAAUGGGAGUACGAUGAUUAGUGUUCUUUCUGCUUGUGCGCAUUCAAGUUCUCUGGAGACUGGGAAUUGGGUAGGUUCUUGGAUUGAAGAUAAUGGACUUGGUUCAAAUCUUCGGUUAGUUAAUGCUCUGCUAAAUAUGUAUUGUAAGUGUGGAGAUUUGGAAAAAGCUCGUCUUUUGUUUGAUGGAAUAAGUAGAAAGGAUUGCAUAUCAUGGAAUAUAAUGAUUGGGGGUUACACGCAUAUGGGUCAGUACAAAGAAGCCUUGUACCUCUUUCAACAAAUGCAACGUUCAGGCGAAGAACCAAACGAGGUCACUAUCUUGAGCAUACUUCCAGCUUGUACAUACUUAGUUGCCCUUGAAACUGGCAUAUGGAUUCAUGCAUAUAUAGAUAGGCACUUCAAAUGGUCUACUAAUACAUCUCUUUCUACUAGUCUAAUUGACAUGUAUGCUAAAUGUGGAAGUAUUCAGUCUGCAAAACAAGUUUUCGACAGUGUAAAUCCAAAAAGUUUGGCUUCUUGGAACGCAAUAAUAUCUGGGUUAGCGAUGCAUGGGCAUGUUGAUUCCUCCCUUGAACUUUUCACAAAAAUGGUCGAUGAAGGAACUGAGCCAAAUGAUAUUACAUUUAUUGCUGUGCUUUCAUCUUGUAGUCAUGGAGGUUUGGUAGAACAGGCCCGCCAGUACUUCCAUUCCAUGGUCAAUGAUUACAAGAUUCCACCAAAGUUGCAACAUUAUGGAUGUAUGAUAGAUCUCCUUGGUCGAGCUGGGUUGUUCUGUGAAGCAGACAGCCUAAUUAAGAGUAUGGAGAUGAAACCUGAUGCGGCCAUAUUGAGUUCUCUGCUUGGAGCUUGUAAGCUUCAUGGUAAAGUCGAACUUGCUGAAGUUAUUUCUGACAAACUUUUUGAGCUGGAACCAGAUAAUCCUGGUGGUUAUGUGCAAUUAUCAAAUAUCUACGCAGCGGCUGGUAGAUGGGAAGAUGUGGCAAGAAUAAGAACACGAUUAAAUGAUAGAGGAAUGAAAAAAGUUCCUGGAUGCAGCUCUAUUGAAGUGAAUAGCGUUGUUCAUGAGUUCCUCGUCGAUGACAAAACUCAUCCACGCUGUAAAGAAAUAUACACAAUGUUGGAUGAAAUAGAUAAACUGUUGGAGUUAGCUGGGCAUAAACCUGAUACAUCAGAGGUACUUUACGAUAUCGGCGAGAAGCAGAAGGAGGGUGCAUUAUGUUAUCACAGUGAGAGACUAGCAAUUGCUUUCGGUUUGAUCAGUACUAAGCCUGGGACAACUAUCCGGAUAGUGAAAAACCUUCGUGUAUGCGGGAAUUGUCAUUCAGCUACUAAACUCAUUUCCAAGAUCUUCAAAAGGGAUAUUAUAGCUAGAGAUCGAAGUCGAUUCCAUCAUUUUAGAGAUGGUUCUUGCUCAUGCAUGGAUUACCGGUGACAUUCAAGAGGUUUAAGUUAGAAGAAAUCAUGAAUUGUUAUGCAUAUGACAAAUAUUGUCUAUACCAAAGGUUGUGUAUGAGAAAGAUUUUGGGAUUUUUGCUGCCACACAUCCUUUGGGAUAUACAAUACCUGCGAUGAUGCUAACUACAAAGACCUCAAGGCGCAGGAAGGUGGAAAGGAAUACUCAAAUGCAAGCAAUUGUUUGAAGACAGCACUGAGAUUCAGUUAGAGUGGGUCUUCAAUCAAUUUCUAGUUUGAAAAGUGGAAUGGGGACUGUAUUUCUUGACGGUAGGUUUCAUAAAAAAAACAUACUCCCUCCGUUUCUAAAAAAGAGGUACUAUCACUUUUCCAUUUCAGCCUAAAAAUAGGCCAAAUUUCAGAAAAACCAAUUGUAACUUUUUUCAGGAACGGAGGGAGUGUAUAAAUUGAGUUAUAAAUAGGAAAGCAGUGUAGCUGAGAUGAUCAUCCACUAAUGGGGAUUGGAACU